GAACAGGCUGCAAACCAGCAGAAACCCAGCUCCUGUGACCUCUCCCCAUCUCCCUGCACCAUGGCCCAGCCCGCUCUGCCUUUCUGUCUCCUGGGGCUUUUCCUGACAGGUUGCUACGCUCAAGUGACUCAGCCGCCCUCCGAGUUCGUGUCUCCCGGGGCGAAUGUCCAGCUCCCCUGCACGCUAGAGGGCAGUUACACCGUCAGUGCCAACCGUGUCGUUUGGAUACAGCAGAGACCGGGCAGCGUCCCCAGAUUCCUGCUGUAUUUUUACACUGAAUCUAACAAAGGCAUGGGCUCGGGGGUCCCCAGCCGGUUCGCUGGCUCUCGCUCUGGCUCCGACAAGAUUGGCUAUUUAACCAUCACGGGGGCCCAGGCAGAGGAUGAUGCCGUCUAUUACUGUGCUACGUGGACUGGGAGUGCUUGCACAGUGCUACCGUCCUAUGGGGAAGUGAGACAAAAACCUUCUCACUCCACUGCAGCCCUGCGGCAAGGCUGUGCCCGCUCUGAGCACCAGCCUGCUUCUUACACAGGGGACGUUGGCUCCUGCUUCCCUCACAGCUCCUCAUGUGGGAGACGCACCCUCAGCACUGAAAUACCCUGUGAGCUCAGGCCUGGUCACUGCUCACGGGUCUCUUGGUUUCUGAUAGUCAUCUUGUCGCUAAAAGCUGAGGCAGCCGUCCUCCAUGGCAGGGUCCCCAGGAAACACUGUCCGUUCUCCUGCACCACAAAGAGUGAAGUCUGCACCCCAUGUAAAAUAUGGGACCCGGAAGGGUUUGUCCACCACACCUUCUGGGCCUCUGCGAAACGUGCGAGGGAGCCCGUCAGAGCAUGGACACAUUGCUGCCCAGUAGAUGGCAGCAGAGCACAGCUACUGCAGGUCAAUGGCCCUGACAGGGCUGGGGUGGGUUGGAAGGGAGGCUUAGGGAAGCCCCUGAUAACAUGCGGCCUAAAAUGGCCCCUGGUGCAGGGCACCUAG